AUGACAGAUGUCCCGCUACCCAGAGAAAUGACUUUCAACGAUGACAGCAUCAUGUCCGUCAUCGCAUAUUCUUGUCUAUUUGUCGUCGCAGCUUCAGGGAAUUUGAUAGUGUUUAUAACGUUGUUUAGGAGCCGCAGGAUUAAGUCCCGAGUUAAUACUUUCAUAAUGCACCUGUCCAUCGCCGACCUCAUCGUUGCCUUCAUCAUGUUGCCCCUGGAGACGGGAUGGCAUAUCACGGUUCGGUGGGAGGCCGGGGACGCUGCUUGUCGGAUUUUAAUGUUUUUUCGCGCUCUUGGAUUCUACUUGUCAUCGUUCGUGUUAGUGACCAUAAGUCUGGAUAGGUACUUCUCCAUAGUGCACCCCAUGAGUCUUCACGACGCCGAGAGGAGGGGCAAGAUCAUGUUGACACUGGCAUGGCUUCUCAGUGCCGUCGCUAGUCUUCCCCAGGGUGUUAUAUUCCAUGUGGAGAAUCAUCCUGUCUUCAAGUGGUAUACUCAAUGCGUCACAUUCAACUUUUUCCCUACCCCUAAACACGAGCUCGCCUAUAACCUGUUCAACGUCAUCACAGUGUAUGCACUGCCACUACUUAUUAUCACCACGUCAUAUUCAUUGAUCCUCUACAAAAUAUCGAAAAAGGCAAAACAGGCAAAAGACGACUGCCUUGAGUUUGGUUCGCAUAAGUAUCGAUGUCACAGCUACUCCCUAGGAAAAGGAAUUGUGUCGUGCGCCAGAGCGGGCAAAAUAGGCAAGGCCAGAAUACGUACAUUGAAAAUGACUUUAGUUAUCGUCACAGUUUUCGUUCUAUGUUGGACGCCUUAUUUUUUCAUGGCGGCGUGGUGGUGGAUUGACAAGCAGUCAGCCGUGAAUAUUGACCCAAAAGUUCAAAGGGGACUUUUUAUCUUCGCUGUUUCAAACGCCUGCAUUGAUCCUAUAGUUUAUGGAAUGUUUACUACUGCGUUCCGUCGGGAAGCCCGAAAGUGGAGGGGUUGGUUCAAACAGAGGCUCAAUAAAAUGGGAUUGUACACUAUGACUCCGAAUACUGCCAUAGAACAGGAAAACUUCAAGUAG